UGUAUUGUACCCAACAGCCAUUUAGCCCCGCGGUGCUGUUUGUCUGUCUGUUGCUGUCUAUGUGUCCGUUAACUGGAAUACUGCGAUCUGAUACUCUGGGAAUAUCGGAUCCAGUCAUGGAAUGUCUGGAAUCAGUUGCAUUUUCACCCGUCUACGAAAACUGACCCCAUAAUGUGGAUGUAUCACGCUGUUUUCCAGUUUUCUCCGGGAUAUGAUCGUGUGAUGGCUGCGGUCCAGUGAACUAGGAGCACGUUGACUGCUCCGCCUGUUCAAUCCACCACUUUAGAAGCUUGUCUUAAUUGUUUCUAUGGGGUUAUCAGAACAUAUGGAGUGUACAUGAUACUACUUGGACAGGGAUUCCGAACGGGGAGGCGAUGUGGGGAGCAAGGAGGAAGCGUGGGGUGCACCCCUGAGGAGGCAUCCUGCGGCUGGUAGGAGCGCGGCCCUCCUGCGGCCCUCCUGUGGCCCUCCUGUGGCGCUCCGGGACGCUCCUACUAAGAUGUCCCUCAGCAGCAGUCCUGCAGGCGGGAAAGGUGUGGACUCCAACGCGGUGGACGCGUAUGACAGUGGUGAUGAGUGGGAUAUCGGUGUUGGCAAUCUAAUUAUUGACCUGGAUGCCGAUUUAGAGAAGGACAAAUUAGAGAUGUCAAGUAGUAAGGAGGGAGGGGGCAUGGGUGCCCCUCCCAGCGCUGUGGCUGUUUUACCUGACAAUAUCAAGUUUGUUAGUCCUGUAGCCACCGCACAGGGCAAGGAGAGCAAAUCAAAAUCAAAGCGUAGUAAAAACUCUAAGGAGAGUGUUAAGGUUCCAGUCUCAGAUGGAGCGAAGAAGGAGGUUCAGGGCCGGGUACCCGGUGACCCACCACCGCAGAACCUCAACUCUACUCCGACUAAGGGAACUGACAAGUCUAGUAAACCCUCCCGUAUCCUCCCUCCUGUGAAAAAGGACAAAGAUGGGGUGUCUGGGAAAAGUAAGAAGGAGAAAAUGGAUGUUGUGGCCACAGGAGUGAUUAACACUGAGAAAGAAUCCGGGGCCCCUAUCCUGACAUUAGGGGCCGCUCGCAGUAGCCCAUUUGAGGACCAACCAAACCCAGAGCUGGUCUCAUCAGAACAGCUUGGGAAUAUGACACUGGACUCAGGAACAGGAAUUGGCCAGAGCGUUACCAUGACAAUGGAGCAGGAGGAGGUGGACAGCAGUGAUUGCCGAAAUAUGAAGAAAGUCCUCAGUGGUGAGAAGAUGGAGUCUCCGGUCUCUGCUCCAACUCUUCCUCCUCUGCACCUCCUUGGCCCUGUUGCCAACAGCAGCGACAUCUCGUCCCCCUGUGAGCAAAUCAUGGUUCGCACUCGGUCAGUUGCAGUGAACACAGCUGACGCUGCACUUGCAACUGAGCCAGAAUGUCUAGGACCCUGUGAGCCAGGCACCAGUGUUAACCUGGAGGGCAUUGUGUGGCAGGAGACGGAGGAUGGAAUGUUGGUUGUCAAUGUCACCUGGAGGAACAAGACAUAUGUCGGAACCCUGUUAGACUGUACGAGACAUGACUGGGCCCCACCAAGGUUCUGUGAGUCUCCAACCAGUGAUGUGGAGAUGCGAAGUGGUCGUGGUCGGGGGAAAAGGAUGCGUCCCAGCAGUAAUACACCAUUGAAUGACAACAGCAAUUCCUCAGACAACAAAGGGAGUAGCAGUAGCAGUAGCAAGACACGUAGUGCUGCUGCAAAUGGCAAAGGUCGGCGGGGUAGCCAGACAGCCACUUGUGCUGAAGAUGCUAAGGCCAGCCCAUCCUCUGCCAAGAGAAAGACCAAACCUGCCUCUGAUAUGGAACCCACCUCCAGCUCUGAGGACACCAAAGCUUCAAAGCGCAUGAGAACUAACUCAACUGGUGGUGGGCCCCCACUUCUGGGAGGUAAAACGGAAUCCCUUCCACCGCCACAGCUGGAUCGCACUUGCCCUUCUCCUGUACUCAUUGACUGCCCCCAUCCUAACUGCAACAAGAAGUAUAAGCAUAUCAAUGGACUGAAAUAUCACCAGGCUCGUGCUCACAAUGACCAUGACAUCCGAUUAGACCAGGAUGGAGACAGUGAACAUGGGGAGGACACUGUCCUCCAUUCUGACCUAUCUUCCUGCAAUGGUGCUGCCAUCUCCCCUGCCCGCUCGACUACACCAAAGGGAACUCCCUCCCUCUCAUCGGGAAAAUUAAUCUCAAAGGGGAAGAAGAAGACAGGGGAGGCUGAGCUUGAGAUGACGGAUGCUGGUGAGGAAGGGGCGUGUUUGACUGAUGAAGCCAGUAACGAUGGUAUGGACGACAGAAGGGCCAAAAAAGUGGCAUCUGGCGGCAAACCUGAUAAACUGGCGCAAAAAGGCUUGAAGCCAGGCCGCCCUGUAGCUCAUGGCACCCCUGGAGUCCCCUUGCCAUACUCCCUGCAGACACCCUCCCCUGCUUUGGGCUCAGUGGUACAGUCAGUACCCAAGAGUCCCCAGCUGAAGACCAUCCAACCUAAACCACCACCACUAACUGAAGCCUCUGCCAUCCCUACCAUUGCCAAGGACAAGAAAAAGAAAGAUAAGAAAAAGAGGGAGGGAGCGAGAGAGGGGGACAGUCCAAAGGCAAUGUGUAAGACAGGGAGGCCAGAAGAGGGGAAGAGCCCAUACUCUGAGGCAUCAGAUCCUUUGCUUAAUGGUUCCACAGAAGCUCAUCAAAGUCGGUUGGCCAGCAUCAAAGCUGAGGCCGACAAGGUGUACAGCUUCUCAGACAAUGCCCCCAGCCCGUCCAUUGGAGUGGCCAGCAGGAUCGAGGCUGGCCUUGUAGUUCCCCUCCACCUGAACCAGAAUGGAGCUGACAACACAUCAGUCAAGACUAGCAGCCCCGCCUAUUCUGACAUCUCUGACGCAGGGGAGGACGGGGAGGGGAAGGCAGAGGGAGUGAAGGUGAAGCCGGAGCCUGACCUGGGACUCCGUGAAGGCGCAAAGAAGGCACUAUUUCCCGCUCAGGCUACCAAUAAGGAAUCACCAUACUACCCCACCUACGACUCUUACUACUCCCCAAGCUACUCCAACCCCAGCCCCGGAGCAGCCCCAACUCAUGUCGAAGGAGCACAGGUAAAGGUUAAAAGGGAGGAAGAUCUGGAGGUAGGAGAGGAUAGCAAACCCAAGGUUGAGCCUCCAGAGGAGAGAAAGCCUGAGCCAGGACCUCAACAGCCAUCAGUCAUCCAGCAACGCUCCAACAUGUAUACCCAACCUCUGUACUACAACCAAUACUACGUCCCCCCCUACUCCUACUCCCCGGAUCAGACAUACCACGCCCACCUAUUGACUACAAACCCUGCCUACCGCCAGCAGUAUGAAGACAGGCAGCGUCAGGCUGACAAGAAGUCAGAGGGCAAGGAGCGUGAAACUUGUGGGAAAGAUGAAUGGAAGCAGAAACCCUCAAUGCCCCCCACUCUGUCUAGAGCACCUAGUCUCACUGAACUGGGUUCUAAGGGUGGACUGAACCCAGCUAAGCCCAAAGAGUCCCCAGGGGCUUCAGAACAGUCCAAGUCUGUCAUCAUGGCAAAAGGAGAAGACCCCAAGGUUCCUGCUAGUCAGACUGAAGGUCUGAAGAUCAAGCUGAGUGAAGCAGGGGAUCAUGGAAAAGAGGAGGCCAAGUCUGGGAUGGAACUGGGCAGGCCAGCUGGUGCAGAGCCUACAAUGUGGUACAGACAGGAGCCAGACUCGCGGUUAUGGCCCUAUGUCUACCCCAGCAAAUACUCAGAGGCUCCCAAGUCACAGGAAGAGGACAGAUGGAAGGAUGAGAGGGAGCGAGAGCGUGACAGGAAAGGGAAGGAGGACCGGCCGCGGCCCAAAGAAGGUCUCCAAAAAGAGGAGAUGAAGGAGGGAACUGAGGGAAGGACACAGCUGCCCCCAGAGGAACACCGUGGGGCAGGGAAGGAGGUGCGCCCCAGUCACAUGCAGUUUCCCUCCACCCUUGCCCAGCACCAGGGCUAUAUGCCCUAUAUGCACGGACCUUAUGCCUACAGCCAGGGCUAUGAGCCCAGCCACCCCGGCUGCAGAGCCAUUCCCUCAGUUAUGAUGCAGAACUACCCAGGCUCCUACCUGCCAGCUGGUUAUUCCUUCUCAUAUGGUGGGAAGGUUCCUGCAGGGGAGGAUGGGGAGAAACCCUCCAGGUCCAGUCCAACAGUAAAACCGAUGAGUGAGGCCAAAGCGCUCGACCUGCUGCAGCAGCAUGCCAGCCAAUACAAAAGCAAAUCGCCUUCCAUCCAAGACAACAAGGCCGCACAUGAGCGAGACAGAGAGAGGGAGAGAGACAGGGAAAGGGAGAGAGACCGUGAGAGAGACGGCGAGCGGCCACGAUCGUCACCUUCCCAGCGCAUCCUGCCUUCUCAUCAUCACCUAGGAUACCCGUUGUUGUCAGGACAGUAUGACCUGUCCUAUCCCUCAGGCCUCUCUUCGUCUGCCAUUGUUGCCAGUCAGCAAGCAUCUGCCCCAUCCAUGUACCCCCCUGCACGGAGGUGAGAUUGGCACACCUGAUUGGCUGAUCACCACCCCUCUCGGUCAUGUGACUGGAUCACAUGAAGAAGCAUUUCUGUUGUAACAUCAGUUUAAUGGUGUUUUGUGUAUGUUUGAUAUCUCUGCCUGGACAGCCAGUUGGCUGAUCCUCCUCUCACUGGAAUGGAGCAGAAGGAUUGAAGCCGUGAUUCUACUGGCCGUGCUCGUUCCAUGUGAGCACGCAGCAGAGGUUUUGGCUCACAGACUAAAGGCAAAGUGAACCUCGUGGUUGGAGACACAACGGGAUGCUGACGGUUGUCGGUGCUAUUGUGAUGUAAGGUGGAGCAGCUGUUUUGAAGACAGUUCUGUGCUGCUGUAGUUGGGGGGAGGGAGGGGGGGGGUGUCUUCAAUUUCACACUGGUAGCAGUGAAAGGACAGUUACAUCCCAUCUUUUGGAGCCAAGCCUUUAACUGUGUGUCAUUUUAUGACGUACAGCCAUAUCACAGUUUUUAAAUUUCAUCCUCACAUUUUGGCACCUCUGACCUCUCUGAGAUCCUGCAGCUCAGGUUUGGACUCCACUGGACAUCAUCACACCUUAACCUUGAUGUAUCUCAACUUCAUGGAAAACAGAAAGAACACUAUGAACAGAAGAGGACAGACCAAUCAGAGGGCAGCAUUUGGACUGAUGCUGCAUCCUCAGGCUGACUGACCGACAGGGAGGCAGUCAGGCGGCAUCAGGCUCCUCCUCCUCAGUGUAGCUGUAAUGUACUGUGUGUGUGCGUGCGAGCGUGUGUGUGUGUAAAUACUGUACAGAGGAAUUAUUUUAAAGAGCCUGUUGGAUGAUGUUGGAUUUCCUACUCUUCUUUUUGUCUGGUAGCCUCUGCCUCUGUUUUUCUACUGUUGUUGAUCUGAUAUUAAACCUGUAGCUGGUGGAACGGCG